AUGCGUGCCCGGCAGAAACGCCUCAACUACAGAGUUCUGAAUGACGAGAGCGAUGGAGAGUCUUCGUCCGAGGAUCAGACCUACCAAUCAAGCGAGCUAAGCCAGUCGCCGAGCAAUCUCACAUGUACUCUCCCAACCUGUCAAGAAGACGCGGUGAUGCUCGCCAAUAUACCAGAUUGCGAGCUCCUACCUUCUGAGUCUGUGUCGCAAGUACUAGUAUCCCAAGAAGCCUCAACAUAUGCUGGUUCUUCAAUCACAAGCCACAUAUCCUCUCGAUGCUCUAAACAGCCAGCGCCUGCUAUAGAGUAG